CCGCUUGAUUUACCCCUACCGUUUCGCAGAUAUCACGUUCUGAUGCCUCCAUGCCUCCACAGGGUCAUAUCCGGUAUCUUAUAUCGACUGGCAAGGCAGAAUGGGAGGGUAUGCAGAGGUAUAUCCAGGGGUUAUAACAAUGUCCUAUCCCGUUGUAUAGUAUCCUGUAGUAAUGGUACAUUCCGAGUCGAGGAUGGGAUGCAUAUGGUCCAGGAGCUUGCUUUGCGUGCCCUGUGGGGAAGAAAAAAACGCCAAUAUGUUUCGCCCCGAGUGCAUUCAUACAAUUCUUCAACGCCCUCUCUCUUCAUCCGCAGCUGGUCCAUGUCGGUCUUCUCUCGCAUCGAAACCUCCGCUAUCCCCACGGCUGGGGCCACCACGCUUAUCCUUGCCGCUGUUUAUGUCUCGGGUUCGCCUUGCAGAUAACGUAACGAUAUCCAUUAUGCCUCUUUCCGGCCUUCCUCCGCACGAUCUGGUCCCAGCCCAUCCCCCGUCAGCGUCUCGUGUUGGCCGCGAAAGCGAGGAGGCGAAAAAAAAGAAAAAAAAAAUAAGAAAGAAAGAAACUUACCUUGCAAUGCUCGCAUCUCUUCUUGACCGAACUGUGAACCUUCAUGCCCCGCGUCUGCUGAAUUGUAGUCUGAACGGACAGGGCCGGCUUUGUGCUGGUCGUCGGCGCUACCAGCCGUGGCCUCGGGAGGAUCGCGUGCGAAAGGGAUCGGGUUUGGGAGAGGGCGGUUUGUGCGGGCUUCGCGACGGUUGCCCGAGUCGUCGCCGAGAGGCAGAGCGCCCUGAAGCAGCGCGAGAGACUUGACGCUGCCAUUUUGGGGAUUGGUUUCUUUUUGUUUUUGGGAAUCGGUCGGGAAGGCCGUCUCGAUUGAGCAAGCCUGGUGAUGGACGAAGC